AUGACUGCGACCAUGUUCACAACCCUCCUUCUGCUUUCCUCGCUGGCCGCGGCCGCCCCGCUGCCCGCCCCAGCCUCGUCUCAGCAAUGUCGCUGCGCCGUCAUGCCCGCCAGCACGCCGUUCUUUCCCUCAUUACAGCUCUCGCCCUCGUCCGCUUCCUCGCACCGCCUCGUGACCGACUCGUGUGCCGCUCUUGGCCCCCAGCUGCAGGCCUGGCGCGAAGCUCCUGCCGACCGUGCCGCCGAUGAAGCCGUCCGUCUGGAGGAGUGGAUCGUGGGCCAGGAAGACAAGGUCGCCAAGGCCGCAUCCGACUUGCUCUGGGGCAAGAGGCCCAUUCCCACCGCUGCCGCCCUGGUCUCGGCGAGAAAACAACGCUCCGACGACCGGGACGCAAAGCCCAAGGGCCGCAUAGUGUGCCGCAGUGUCGAGGUGACGGAAGAGGCUGUCAGCAGCUUCGAGGACGCCCUGUACGCCGACACAACAUCGGCCGAGAAAGCAAGGAAAUUCGAGGCGCAGGAAUCGCCGGAUACCAAGCACCAGGACGACUGCGAUGAGAAGCCCCAGAAGAUGUCUCUGUUCGACGAGAUCAUGGAUGCGUGGAAGAGGCCGGAAAGGCACAUGUUCGCCCUGAAGCUCGUUGUGUUCGUGCUCAUCAUGCUGUGCAUGUUCGAGCUGGGCGACGACAUCUGUGCUUGGAUUCGUAGAAGAAAUGCCCGCAGGGCCUUCGCCAGGCUUUCCGGCGACGAGAAAGCCUGGUUCAAACCGGGCCUGGCGCCCAUUGCCGAAGUAGAAGAGGAGGAUGAUACCCAACUGCCAUGA